AUGCUCCGUGUCCUUGCAGGGAUCAAAGCUGAACCUGCUUCCAAUGUCCUCCCGCGGGAACUUUCGAUAAUUGUCAACGAUGUUUCGUCUGACGUGCCCACCCACAUGUUCGCGGUCUUCUCAUCCCGCCAGCCGGCCCCUGCUCGCCGUCGUCGCGUCACGUUGUUUCCUGCACACAAUCUCGUUUUUGCUAUCCACUGCGCGAACCUUCCGGUUCUACCUACUCCAGCACCAGCAAUCGCAGAGUGCGCAGGCCAGGUGAUCAAAGUGCCAGUGGUUCCUUUGUGCAUCCCUGCCCCUGAGGUUUUCCCUCAGCUCUCCUCAUUCCUAUAUACGAAGCGUAUCGACCACCUUCUUGGGUCACUUAUGCCACUACCCACCCCACCCCAACUCUACCUCGAUGAUCCUACCACUGUCAUGCCUCUUCUCAGACAGUUCGCUCAGAAAAUUGCCGAUACAUAUACGGUGAGCGCUCUGCUGCGUCACAUUACCAAAGUGCACAGCACGUGGCGCAAUACGGUUGCACUGGGCAUCGCCGACGAGCGGCUCUGGUGUGCCCUCGAUACGGCAUGGGAAGUGCUCCUCACGUCCCUCGCAAUUUCCACGGGAAAACCUGACCUCAUGACAGAGGGCGCGUAA